CGUCGACCAAGAGGCGUCUGCGGUGAGUUCGUCAAUGUCAAGAUGAUAUCCCAGCCUAGUCUUUCAGAGAUGCUCAUAGAGGUAGAGUCUGCGUGUAUGUUUUAUAGGGAUGAGUGUAUGCGCGUAUACCGUGUUCUCAAAAAGUUUUUGAUUGAUCAAAUCAUUUUCAGUUUUCUCCAGCAAAAAAAAAUGUUAGUCUUUUCCGUGGGACCCAAUUGUCAGCGUCUAGUCCAUCUCCAACCCCCUUCAUCCCCAGCCGAGCCGCCAAGCACAAGCACGCAGGUGUCGCCGUCGUGCGGAUCCACGGUGGUCGCCGACGCAAAGCUGGCGGAGGGAGGGAGGGGAGGCGCCUAGCUCGGUCGGUUGCGCUUAGGGCCUACGGGCGCCGGAGCGGAGCCUCGCUGACGGCAACCUCGCAGAUGCAGCGCGCCGCCGCGUUGCUCUGCCGGUUCUUGGAAAUCCCCGAUGAACUUCAGCGAAGACUGGAGAAGCGGCGGGCAAAUCAUUGGCAAUGGAACACUAUAUGCUCUUUUUAUCCUGAUGAACUUCAGUGAAGAAGCAGCGCCACAGCUCAUUGACAAGGAAAUUAUGAACUUUGGUGGAGAAGCAGCACCGCAACUCAUCGGCAAGGGACGAUAUGCGCCCUUUUAUCUUGAUGAACUUCAGAGGAGACUGGAGAAGAGGCGGGUAAAUCAUCUGCAAAGGAAUACGAUACAGGCCCUUUUUAUCUUGCAGGACUAGAGCAAUCACAGAAGCCCGAGACAUUCUGAAAUGGACCAAAAGUGCGUCGUCGUUGUAGCCCAAAACCCAACAUGAUGACCUCAGAGAGGGCCGCGCGGCCCAAGGUAAGUUCUUUGCCAAUGAGGCCCAAAAAGGGUGGCUUUUCUGCUCAUUUUCAGACAAGAGCUGUAAACCCGAACGUUGAUGGCUUUUUUUUUUUUUUUUUUUUGCGAAUCUGAACGUUGAUGGCUUGAUACUGAAUAAAGUGCUAAACCUUCUUACUCUUGUCUCACUCGACAGUUGACACGCAAACGUGUGAACAGGGUGCACCACUAACCCGCGGCUUCGGGUGGCUGUUGAUCACGCGUUUAUUACCGAGGAUAUUUUGUGGACUGUGCGACCUAUUGAAGAAAUUUGCAUUUCGUAACCAUAUCUGGCUAAUGAUUCCAUAUCUGGCUCAAACUAUUCGACGCGCAUUAAUCCAGAAGGUCAGUGGCUCUAGCUACUAUACCGCUGGUACACAUAUGAACGCAUAGAAAUCUUAUAAGCUACUGGCGAACUGGGGGAUAUAUGCAUGCGUACGUGCAUGGUCUAUAGCCUUAUACAGAAGCAAUAGCUUAGAUAUCAUGAUUCUCUUGACUUCCGUUGUUGAUGACAAGACAUGGCAAACAGGGAGCUCAGUUUUCGUUAUCAAAUUGAUUAGUUAUGCUCAUAGACCACUAAUUGAACUAGUUAAUGAAUCAGUCUGCAUGCUGGUGUAGAUUAAUGCUAAUAAUCACACGAGUAGGGGGUAAUUGAAAAUCAGAUCUCUACCUUCUUCGCAAAUUUGCGUCUUUCGCUUCACAACUUUUGACCAUUGCAUUUUUUUCCAAUACUGUUUUAGGAAGAAGACGUAAUAAUUGUACCCGAAAUGCACCACAGAAUCCUUUCGUGGCUUUGAUGCAAAAAUAUCUUGAUAACUUUGCGUGAUUUACUGGUCAAAAAGGUUGAUUGUACGCAUUCUACGGUGGCAAAUAAAAGAGAACAGAGGGUGUAGUAACCUCACUGUUUUGUAACCCCUUGCCUUGUUUUUAUCAUGACUUCCUAAUGGGAGCGCAACCACAUGAGAUGCUAAUUAGAGUCGUAUAUGUAGCAUAGGUAGAAGGAAAUGCGUUGAACUUGAACAGGGCUGUUGUGUGCGUUCAAAUGGAGAAAUGUUGGAUGACAGUGGUACACACCUUGUCAGCUCUGCCUAACCAAGUCUUGGAUUCUUGCAUGAAUAUUGUGUGAUCCGGCCCCACGCUGCAUCAUAUCAUAUUGUCAUCGAAAAUCCACCAUUCUUUGCGAUGAAAAAACAUAUCGUGACUGGAAAUCCACCGAAGAGAUAAUCUCACAGGUCGAUCAUACAUGUCGAUGGCACAGUCGUUAGAGCCUGGUCGACGAGCAAACGACUUCCAUCCGGUUCUCAUAAGACAAUCGUGAUCCUACAGAGAUUGUCUAAAUUUCCCUGCUAGGAAGCACAUCCCAUAAAUGAGAUCAGCAUAACAAAAAAAGUACACUAUAAUCCCGGAAUUGUCAACUAAACCACCACACUUUUUCCAAGGGUUGAAGCUCUAGAAGCUAUAUGAUUUGCCCCUCUCCAUGUUAGACACGGAGACUUUGAUGUCACCAUGCAUAUGUCAAGUAGUCCUCUGAAGUUCCACCUGAGAGGUACCCCUGCUUGCUACCAACUCACAGCCAUACAUGCAUGCAUGCACAC